AUGGCUCAGACCACUCAGACAAGCAUGCCCAUGGGACCAUGGAAGAUCACUGUUUAUGACCAGGAGUACUACCAGGGCAGAUGGUGGGAGUUCACUUCCUGCUGCAAGAACAUUAUGGAGUAUGGCAUGGAGAACAUCCGCUCCAUGAAGGUGGAAUGCGGAGCCUGGGUGGGGUUUGAGCACAGCAGCUACAAUGGCCAGCAGUUUGUCCUGGAGAAGGGAGACUACCCUUGCUUUGAGGCCUACAUGGGAAGCCAUGGCUACCGUGUUGAGAGAAUGAUGUCUUUCCGCCCAAUCUACUCGGCCUGCCACAAGCAGUCCCGCAUGUGUGUGUGGGAGUGUGAGAACAUGAUGGGAAGACAGUGGGAUCUCUGCGAUGACUACCCUUCCCUGCAGGCUAUGGGCUGGCACAACAACGAGAUCGGCUCCAUGCAGGUUCAAAGCGGCGCCUGGGUGUGCUACCAGUACCCUGGUUAUCGUGGUUAUCAAUACAUCAUGGAAUGUGACUGGCAUGGAGGCGAGUAUAGAUGCUACAGGGAGUUCGGCACCCACGCUCACACCCCCCUGAUCCAGUCCAUCCGUAGAAUCCAGGACUAAAAAUAAUGUGUCCUUCCUCCUUCGUUUCUUCUCCUCCCUCUCCAGUCUUUCCACUCCUCCGUACUCAGCUUCACAGUGCAGACCUCACUGCCAGGAUCGCCAGCCGACUAACUGGUGCUACAUUCAUGUAACUUGUCGGAUUAUUUUUCAGGAGAGAAAGACACAGAAUGAAAACUUUAGAAAUAACGAUCUUGAAGCUGCAGCCAGGCUGUAGCCUGGUGAGACACCUGAGACAUUGCUCUACUUUUAUCACAAUAAACUUGCAACUCCUGUCAACUUAUGUGAGAGUUGGUGAAUAAAUACAA